CAUUUCACCUCGUCACAUGAACAUUCUUCAGAUUUAUACAAGUACAGACAUUUCACCUCGUCACAUGAACAUUCUUUAGAUUUAUACAAGUACAGACAUUUCACCUCGUCACAUGAACAUUCUUCAGAUUUAUACAAGUACAGACAUUUCACCUCGUCACAUGAACAUUCUUUAGAUUUAUACAAGUACAGACAUUUCACCUCGUCACAUGAACAUUCUUUAGAUUUAUACAAGUACAGACAUUUCACCUCGUCACAUGAACAUUCUUUAGAUUUAUACAAGUACAGACAUUUCACCUCGUCACAUGAACAUUCUUUAGAUUUAUACAAGUACAGACAUUUCACCUCGUCACAUGAAUAUUCUUUAGAUUUAUACAAGUACAGACAUUUCACCUCGUCACAUGAACAUUUUUUAGAAUUAUACAAAGUACAGACAUUUCACCUCGUCACAUGA